AUGAAGAUUCUUUUUAUACUCUGGGGAAUGCUGCGGCUGUUCAAGAUAGCAGCCGCCCUAUCUCCAAAUGUACGAUCUACAUCAAGCGUGCCAGAAGAAACCAGUGACGGUUACUGUUAUACUUAUGUCGUUCAAUCCUUUUCCGAUACUUGCAACAGUAUUGCCUCAGAAUAUGGUCUUACCAAAGCUGAGAUUGAGAAGUAUAACAGCGACACCUGGGGCUGGACAGAUUGUGACGGGAUCUACCAAGGGGACAUCAUCUGCCUGAGCUCAGGUGAGCCUCCUUUGCCUGUGGCUCUUCCUCAAGCCACUUGUGGUCCCCAGGUUCCGGGUACAGCGAGACCGAAGAACUAUUCCGACCUAUCUUCUCUGAACCCAUGUGCUACUGGUUGUUGUAUUAUCACAGGUAAAUGUGCUACCGCAGAAGACGGAGACUCAGGUUUAUGCAGAACGAGCAGUUGCAUCUCCGGCUGUGAUACCACAUCAGUCAGCACCAAAUCAGCCAAGAGUACCAGCACCACCUCUUCAACCAUAACUACCAGCACCGCCUCAACCAAGAGCAUCGCUACCGAAAAAUCGACUGGUACCACUGAACACACAACCUCAAGCAGUACUAGAACCACCGCAGCAGCCCCAACAGGAACAGGCCUCUGGACCCUUGCCGCCUACACCGGACAAACCUGCAACGGCGACUAUUACGUGCUAACGGGGACCAGCUUAACAAACACGGAAUGUCUCAGCCUCCACGGCGGUCUUAGCCUUGAGAUGACGGACGGCGUUUCCUGUGGAUAUUACACCGACGGGGGCUCUACUUAUGCAGACUGUGACUCAAGUCCAGAACUGAAGAUCUGGUCGUGGAGUAUAUCCGGGGGCAGCUGUGUGGCUUUUGAAGAAAGCUGUAGUAAUUCCGGUUCGAAUAUUGUGGAUCUCUACGAUCAGUCUACUGGCUGUCAGGAGUCGACGAUGUAUCAUCCGCAUUACUAUAUGACUUGGCGCUCGUUGAAGUGUCAGGUUUCUUGA